AUGUCCUGGCCACUGGGAAAGAGAGCUCUGCCUCAAGCCAUGCUGCUACUUCUGCUGAACUUCCAGGUUCUCAUCACUCCUGUCUCGAAGGCCAACAAAGAAACAGAGACAUCUAUUAAUUUCAUUCCCACGGUGGAAUUUGCCGUGAACACAUUCAACGAGAAAAGUCAGGAUGAAUACGCCUACAGGUUGGAGCAUAUCAUGAGUUCCUGGAGAGAGACGGUAAAUUUUCCAACCGUGUUUUCCAUGAGGCUUCAGCUGCGUAGAACCAUAUGCAAGAAAUUUGAGGAGAGUCUCGACAUUUGCCCCUUUCAGGAGAGCCAUAAUCUGAAUAAUACCUUCAUCUGCCUGUUCACUGUUGGUACCUACCCCUGGAAAACAGAAUUCAAGCUCUUCAAGAAUGUGUGCUCAUAG